CAGGAGAUGUCAAAAACAUUUAAGAAAAUUCCACUGUCCAAUGACACAUUUACAAGGAGAACAGAGGUACUUGCCUAUGACUUAGUAAACCAGUUAACUGAUGAUAUCAAAGAUGCACCCUGCCUUUCACUUGCGGUGGAUGAGUCAACAGAUAGCACAGACCAAGCCCAGCUAUGUGUGUUUGUCAGAUAUUUCAGCAAGGCAAAGGGGACAUUCUGUGAAGACAUACUGGGCCUUACUCCACUCUGUCACACUAGAGGAGAGGACAUAUAUGAAGCUAUCAUUCAGAUGCUUAAUGAACGGGGAAUUGAUGUCAAGCAUAUUGUGUCCUUCACUACUGAUGGUGCUCCAGCCAUGAUAGGGAAGGAGAAGGGAGCUGUUCUGCGUCUUAAAGAGCAGCACUCUGACCUGCUGACAUACCACUGUAUAAUACACCAGUCCGUGCUGUGUGCUAGCCUUGGAAAAGAAUAUUCAGACGUCAUGGAAACUAUUAUGAAGCUUGUGAACUACCUGAGAGCCUCCUCUGCCCUUCAGCACCGUCUUCUGCGGGCAUUGCUUACUGAGGUAAAUGCUGCUUAUGACGACUUACUCCUCCAUAACAAUGUUAGGUGGCUGAGUGAGGGAAAAGUCUUGGAAAGGUUUUGGGGCAAUCAGGAAAGAUUUGGAGAUGUUUUUGUCCCAGCAGAAAAAUAUCUCCAGCCGCCUUUCAAAGGAACGCACUGCUGCCAUCAGAUCAUACACUGUGUUGCCUUGGCCCUGGAGCUUCAGAUUUAG